GGUCCCAACCUUUAUCAAUAAACCGCCCGUUGAGUUCGAUCAAGGAGGCCUAAGAAAGCGUUUGUGUCUGGCAGGUAUACGAAGACGGGUUGUAUCAGGGCCUUUACACGAUCCCAACGCGCCAAAUGCAAUCGUACUUUAUGAUCCUAAUGAUGAUGAAGAAGUAAAACCAAAACAAGAAGAAAUUAAGACCAAAAAUAAAUCAGUAGCAGAUAUCUUGGGAUUCAAGAAUGAAGCCAACAAGAUCGUUCACGUGGUUGUUGAUCCUGUUCUGGGUAAUAAACUUCGACCGCAUCAAAUUGAAGGCGUAAAGUUUCUGUAUAAUUGCACGACGGGAAGAGUGGUUGAAAACGCGCAUGGCUGUAUCAUGGCGGAUGAGAUGGGUCUCGGUAAAACACUUCAAUGCAUAACUCUUCUGUGGACCUUAUUGAAGCAAUCACCUGAAGCAGGCAAAAAAACAAUCGAAAAGUGUAUAAUCGUCUGUCCUUCAAGUCUCGUUCAUAAUUGGGCAAACGAAUUGGUUAAAUGGUUGGGGUCCAUUAGAAUUAAAUCGUUGGUAAUGGACAACAAAGGAUCAAAAGAGAACACGUUGAAAGCGCUCAGAUAUUUCGCCG